UCUAUGACGUCAAAUUUGAGCGACCAGAUGCAUGUCGAAGUCACUCGGCUAUCCAUGCUGUUCAGCUGAAAUAUCAAACAUUCGUGAUAGCAUCAAUCAUUUGUGUGGCUUUUAUCCGUAAAGAAUAGUUUAUUUUAAUUAUGGAGAAAGGCAAACGCCCCGUUGCAUCUUCUAAGAAGAAAAACCCGUCAAAGAAAAACGACACCAGUGAUCCUGUAAAAAACUUCGAGCUCUGGAAGAAAAAAUACAACAAGACGAAAACACGAGUCAAACAGGAGAAGAAACAGAAAAGGAAGCCGGAAUGGCAGGUGGAAAGAGACAAUAUCCAGAGACUAGUGAAGAAAUAUAACGAGAUAAAUGCCAAAGAUGCGAUAAAGUUUUCAGACUUCCCCAUCUCCAAGAACACACUCAGAGGUCUGAUGGAAGCUCAGUACCGACAACCCACAGAAAUACAGCGGCAGACCAUUGGUUUUGCCCUGCAAGGAAAGGAUGUCCUGGGUGCUGCAAAAACGGGUUCUGGGAAGACAUUGGCGUUCAUCAUUCCAGUGCUGGAGUGUUUGUACCGUCACCAGUGGACGGCCGUGGACGGGCUGGGGGCCCUGAUCAUCUCCCCCACCAGAGAGCUGGCCUACCAGACGUUUGAGGUGCUCCGCAAGGUGGGGAAGAACCACGAGUUCUCCGCCGGGCUCGUCAUCGGUGGAAAGGACCUGAAGCAGGAGUCGGAGAGGAUCCAUCGCACCAACAUCAUCAUCUGUACUCCCGGCCGUCUGCUGCAGCACAUGGACGAGACGGCCGCUUUCCUGACCUCUGACCUCCACAUGCUAGUCCUCGACGAGGCAGAUCGUAUCCUGGACAUGGGCUUUGCUGACACCAUGAACGCCAUCGUGGAGAACCUCCCCGCGACCCGACAGACUCUGCUGUUCUCCGCCACCCAGACCACGUCCGUCAGAGAGCUGGCUCGGCUCAGCCUCCGGGACCCCCAGUACGUCUGGGUCCACGAGAAGGCCAAGUUCAGCACCCCGGCCACCCUGGAGCAGAACUAUGUGGUGUGUCAGCUGCACCAGAAGGUCAACGUGCUGUUCUCCUUCAUCAGGAGCCACCUGCACAAGAAGAUCAUCAUCUUCUUCUCCUGCUGUAAAGAGGUCCAGUACCUGUUCCGGGUGUUCUGUCGGCUGCGUCCGGGCCUGCCCAUCCUGGCCCUGCACGGGAAACAGCAGCAGAUGAAGAGGGUGGAGGUCUACAAUGACUUCAUCAGGAAGAAGAACGCCGUCCUGUUCGCCACAGACAUCGCCGCCAGGGGCCUGGACUUCCCUGCGGUGAACUGGGUCCUUCAGUACGACUGUCCCGAAGACGCCAACACCUACAUCCACAGAGUGGGCCGGACGGCCAGGUACAAGGAGGGAGGAGAGGCUCUGCUGAUGUUGUUGCCCUCGGAGGAGAAGGCCAUGCUGGCCCAGCUGCAGGAGAAGAAGGUUCCCAUCAACAAAAUACAGUCAGUACCUCUGCACCACACAGGACUAGGGGAGGAGGAGGAAGAGGAGGAGGAGGAAGAGGUGGUGGCGUACCUGUCAGGUGGAGAGGAGUUUGACCCCAGUACGCUGCCUGAUCCUGACAAGGUUCCCUCCGAUUCUGAAGAGGAACAACAAAGCAGCCCUGCUGCCGCCACCCGGAAACGCCUCCGCAGCGACUCCAGCGCAGAGGAAGAGGAGGAGCCGCUGACAGGAAGCAGGAAGAGAGCCAAGGAUCAGAGCAGCCAAUCAGCUGGCCAGCCUCUGGACACUGGUCUCUCAUUGGCUGAGGACGAGGAGCUGGUCUUACAUCUCCUGGGCAACCGGAACUAGGAGACAGUUAAUACCAGCUUCAGUUAGUUUUUAGUGUUUUCCCCCAAAUUCAUGUCGUCUUGUGUUGAUCCAAGAUGUUUCAUCCCCCGUGAAGAGAACCCUAUCAUAUUUCAAAUAAACUGUUAUUAUCAUA